AUUGCGACAAACAAGCCAAAAUCUGUAUAAAUCUACAGGUACGAGUCGAUUUAUAUUUACACGCGAGUGUUGAGCGCCCAACACGAACCGACCUUCCCAUGACCACGCCGGGCAGACAAGCUGCCGCGGGCAGGCUCGUGGUUAUUAGUUACAAUGGACGCUGCCGUCGCUUUGACCUAGAUUCAGAAGGAAGGCUAAGCUUUGCCCACGUGGCGCGCGUAUUCCGCGUUCAGCUUGCGCGACCCGACGUUUGCGACGCAUGGACCCUGGACGACACCUCGCUCCGCCUCGACAAGUCCGAUCCUUCAGCGCUGCUAACAAUCAGCGCCCUUCGCGACCUAUUUCCGCUCCCUGCCGGCACAGCCGAACAACCACUCAUCCUCCACACAGAUGAUGCCGACAGCCCAGACCGCCCCGGCCCGCGACCCACCACAGAACUCAGCCAGCACCCAGGCAGAGCCGCGUCAGGCCGGGGCACCCCGGGAAGGCUCAGCCACCUCAGCCGCCGCUCGCCAGCCCUAUCUCCCGCGGCACGAGGCAGCCCAAUGACACGUGCCGCUGCUGCUGCGGCCGCGGCCGCUGCGGCAUCGCAUGCCAGCCCGCAGAGGCCUGCAACCCUCGCUGUGACACCACCGCGGCUAAACCUGGGCCUUGCGGCUGUGGCUCAUCGGCUGGGGCCGGAGUAUGAGACACCCAGGGGUGCUUCGCCGCUGAGGGGAGCCCGCACGCCGCUGCUGGGCAUGCUUGUGUCGGCCACUCCUCGAGGUUUCCUGGAAUUGGAGCUGCCCAAACCCCUGGCGCCCGACAGCGACCUGCUGCGACACCCCAAGGGGCCGGGUACGAAGCCUACCGAGUGCCGUACUUCCGUACACGUGCAUUGCCUAUCGUAUGUGUCGCACAUGUGCCGUGCAGUGGGUGCCGUGUACGUGCCGUACUCUCAGCUCUGCCACGACUGGCGGGCUGAGCUCCCCGGGUGAAAGGAUGGAUGGGGAAUGGAGAAGGGGGGAGGUGGAGUGCGAUUGGCUGCGGAGGGUGGUGGCCGGGUUGGCUGGUUGAGGUGUGAUGGGUGUGCCACCGGGUCGCAUGCAAACACGCUCUGGAGGCUGUCGUUCACACUCCUGAUCGAGCAGAGCUGUGCCUCGAAACUUUACCUCCAAUGCCUUCACCUCGUGGAUUGGAAAGAGCACGGUACCUUCUUCUCCUUCCCUCCCGCCGCCGCGCGCCACCUGCCGGUGCUCAUGGCCUGCCACCUGCCGCCCCCGCUGCAGCGCCUGCUGCGCGCCUUCAGCCUGCCCGCGCAGGCAGCCAUCACAGCGAGGGCCAUGGCGCUUCAUGCGGCCACAUCGGACGAGGAGUACUUCAGAGAUCAGAGGCUGGAAGCCGCCCUCACCACGGCCCGCAGCUGCAACCCGCCGCAAGACCGCUACAGUUCCUACACGCAGACCCCGCGCCUCACGGGACGCAAACGCAAGCCCACCGCCGCGCCCCAGCUCCCGCAGCAGCACACCCCAGGAGCUGGCUCCUCCACGCCAUCACACAACGGCGGAUCUCGGACACCAACCGCCGCCGCAACCGCCAACGGUAACGCCGCAACCGCCAACGGCAGCGCUGAUGUGGACAUGGACGCCGGCGGUUGGGCGUUUGCGGGUAACGGUACCGUACACUGCCCUGGAGGCGUCGCCUGCCGCAAGCCAGGCCGCCAUGAGAACUGGCUCUUUUCAGACGCCGCCAACAAACACAUCACCUACCUGCCGGUCAUAUACGACACAGCCGAGAACAGUGCCGUACUGCUGCCGCUGGCUGACCCACGGGUCGGUCCCACGGCGGGAGGCGGCACUGGAGGAGGAGGAGGAAGCGGGGGAGGGCCCUCAUCGCACUUGGAGGGCGCGGUGGUGUGGUUUCGGUAUGAGUACGAGAGCAGGGCGGGCCGGCGGGGACACAACUUUUGGGAUUACGGGUUGCCCAAGAAUUUGGAGCAAGCGGUUCGCGACGUCGCCGGGGAGGAUGCGCUGCGCUUGGCGUUGGGGUGCGUGUGAGAAGGCCCUGGUGGAGGAUUAGUUAAACUGAGCCGCCGAAACGCUUACCCUGGUGGCGGACGCGCCGGCGUGGCUUUCUGCGCAUUGAGAGGAGAGUGAGAGGAGGCAUGUGGGGGAGUGGGUGUUGCCGUGAUCUUGUCAUCUGUGAGGCAUGGUUCGCUGUACAUUAGGGGGGUAGUGUCGUUGUGUCGAGUGCCCCUGCAUUACCUGAGGGCGGGUUGAGGGUCAUGCAUGCUGCAUUGAAGCGAUCCACGUCAUAUACCGGUGGUGCAUAUUGUUUCGGGCUUCAAGGGGCGCGUGGAGGAGAUGGCAUGCCGGUAGUAUCUGGGAGGGUGCUGCGACAUUGGCACUACCACUGCUCUAGUACUGGGACUCAUACCUUGUUGUGGUCGUGCAUGCAAGCUUAGGUUGCUACUAGGUACAUACUUGAAUAUAAGCGCAUUGUGUAUACACAUCUGUACAUAGGGUCUUAGUACAUGUGAGGGGGUCUUGACACUAGCUGGCAAUCAGCAUGCAUGCAGCGCGCCUGCACGCAGGGGUGCCGGGGGGGGGGGGGGGGCAGGCCAGCCUACCGUACGGGCCUUCAAGCGUUGCGGCUACUGCCCAUAUGGUCCAACAAAGUGGGCGUCCAGGAGCGGUGUAGUUGCUACCCUUGCAUGCCGUUUGUUGCAUACACAAUGUGCGGAACCAAAGGAAAUGGUUCGAGGUGAGGCCAAAGUCCGUCGCACAUGCUGAGGGAUGCAGUUGCUAGUAUUGCUAAAAAGGAGCUGACUGACGAGGCGCUGUACGCGGGUGAUUUGGGGGGCUCCACGACAAAGUGCAAAUCGUACUGUAAACCAGGGUGCUGGGA